AUGUCAGACCCUGUAUAUCAAAAUCAGUCUUUAAAAAGUUAAACUAAUGUACAGACAAAUAAUUAGAUUAAGAAGGACAAACCUAUCAUUACAUAGAUUAUUCGGCAACCUUCAAUUCCUUAAAUAAGAAUAUCAAAAAAUAAUAGAUCUUCAAAUUAUUAACCAACUCCAAAUAAAUUAAAUAAUGAAAAGCAAAAUCAUUUAUAAUAAUUACAAAGAGAUUAUACAUCAAUAGAGUCUACUAUAUUAUUUAAUAGUUAAAUUUGCUUGAAUGAAUUUGCUGUAUAAAAUAAUGUUACUAUACCUACUAUUAAUAUCAAAGAAUUAAUUAUACCAAAAGAAGACUUCUUUUAAAAGUAAUAAUUAAAGAAAGUUAAUGAAACAAUUACAUAACAAACAGUCACAUAACAAACAGAGACUAAAUUAAAAAUAUAAAUAAAACAAGACUUAUAAAUAUCUCCAAAAAAUACACUAAAAGAAGAUAUAAAUGACAAUGUAAAUUCUCUAAAUUUCAGAACUAAAAAUCUUAUGUUUGGAGACUUAGCUGUUUUAAAUUUCUACAGAAAAAAAGUAGAUUGCAACAAAAUUAAUCAUACUAUGUAAGUUAUUUCAAAAUUGAAUAAAUUUAAAAAAGAUGAUUAAAGUUCCAAUCCUUCUAUUUAUCCAAUACUUGAAAUAAAUCCAAUUAAAAUUCAAUAAUAAUAGUAAUCUAAUCCUGCUGUGCCUUCAAAUCAUAUGAAGCUAAUUUAAAUUAAAUAAGAAGCUUCAGAUGAAUAAACUGUAAAUACACUUAAUUUUCCAAUAAAUUAAUUAGUUCUAUAACAUGAAGCUUAGAAUAAGAGAGAUAUAGCUAUUAGCUCUAAAGAAACACAUUUUAGAAUUCCAUUGAAAUAAGAAUCCAAAAAACACAUCUAAUAAAGUUUAUCUUUUAACACUAAUAUUAUUUUUGAUAUAAAGGAAUGCUUCAUCCAAAGUUUCCCAUGUAGAUCUAUUUAAUUUUAAUAAAUAAAAUUUGAUACAAAUUCAAAAGAAUCAAAUUCUUUAUAAAUUAAUUAAGUGAUUGUUAAAAAUGAUCAAGCUUUAAUUAUUUAGCCAGUCUAAUUGAAUAAGAAAUUUUAAUUUGCAUUACUUAUUAAAGAUGAAAUAGAAACUAACUAUAAUUCCAUUUAUUUAUCAUAAACAACCAUAUAAGAAAAUAAAAUACAUUUUUAAACUUUAGAAUAGAAAAAUAAUCCUAUCCAAAAUAUACAGAAAUUUACUUUGAUUCAUGAUUUUGUUAGGGAUACGACUUCUAAAUUUCCUCAAAUUUCUUAGACUAAAUUCAUUAACUUUAAUGAAUAAGAUUCAUUAAUAAAUUAAAGUCCUUUAAUGACUCAAAAUUAAUUCAAUUUUAGACAUAUAUAAUUAGAUAUAAAUAGUGAAUCUAGCAAAAUUAUGUAAGAAAUGACACCACAAAAUUUUGAAAAUGAAGUUGAAAUUUAAUUUAAUGAUUAAAUCUAAACAAAAGAAAAGCCUUAAUAUCCUACUUUACUUGAGAUGAAUAGGAUCAAAAUAGAAAGGAUUAAAUAAAUAAUUAUUGGAACUAAAUCUCCAAAAGAUCUCUUAAAGCCUAAUUUAGAGAUUAAGGAAGAGAUUGGCUAAGUUUUUAGUUUAGCAAAAUUGAAUACAGUUUAAGAUGCUUCCCCAAAAUUUAAAUAUUAAAGUGUAAAUGGAAGUAAAGUAUUUGAUGAUACAAAUAAAACAGAAGUAGUUUCAAUUGAGAAACUAAGGAGUUCCAGCAUUGAUAAAGCAACAAUGCAUAUGUAAAUGAGUAAAAAUCAAUCAUCAGUUUUAAAUAGAUUUAAGAAAAUAAAAUAUUUAGGAAGAGGUAAGAUGAGUGACGUUUAUUCUAUAAUAGAUAAGAAAACUGGUAUGGCUUUAGCAUUAAAAAUAAUUUAGAAAUCUUUAAUAAAAAGUAAGGGAUUAGCGAAUUUAAUUAGCAAUGAGAUUAAGAUCUAAAUGUGUUUGGUUCACUCUAACAUUUUGAAGUGUUUUGGAGUAAUAGAUGAUAAUAAAUAAGUAUUUAUUUGAUUAUAUUUUAGAUAGCUUUAAUACUUGAAUUAAGUGAUUAAACAUUAUAUAACUUAAUAAGAAAUUAAAAAUUGACUAGAAGAUAAAUGAUCAAUUUCCUAUUUUAGAUUUUAAAUGCAGUUAAUCAUUUACACAAUUUGGGGAUUAUUCAUCGUGAUAUAAAACCUGAGAAUAUUUUAUUAUGCUAAGAUGUUAUUAAAUUGGCUGAUUUAGGAAUUUCUAUAAGGGCAAUCAAUAGUUCUUAAUAUUGUGGUACUAUAGGAUAUAUGGCUCCAGAGAUUAAACAAUAUCAAAAUUAUACAUCUAAAGUUGAUUGUUAUAGUAUAGGAGUGUUAAUUUUUGAAAUGAUGUAUUAGAAACUUCCAAAUCAAACUCUAUCUCAAAUUAAGAAUCUUGAGAGGGACCCUUUAAUAGAUUUAAUGAAUAAUCUCGUAGAACCUGAUCAAGAGAUUAGAUUCUCAUGUUAAUAAGCUUUAAAUCAUGAAAUUUUUAAAGAUUUCUAGUAAAAUCAAUUCGGAAAACCUUAACUUUAGAAAGAAAUGAUAAAACUACUUUGA